GGGACGCCGUUUUCGCGCGUGGAGCGUAUCUUCAGCAGCUGUUUGUUGUUUUCGUUUUUAGACUUCACAGAUGUGAUCAUUUCGUCGUUUUUGCUGAAGUGAAGUUUUUAUUCUGUCGAGUCAUCUGAUUGCGGGAUGGACAGGCGCGAGGAGGAGGAGCCAGCUGAAGAUAGCGGUGAUGAUUGUGAGGAAGUACAGGAAAACGAUGCUGCAGCUGUGAAAAAGACGACUACCAAAAGGGGCGGAGUUACCUCUUGUGCAGAGAAGAGGUGUGUACCGGGGAUCCUCUACCUGGGUCACAUUCCUCCGAGGCUCCGCCCAAAGCAUGUGAGGAACCUAUUGUCACCGUACGGUGAGAUUGGACGCAUCUUCCUGCAGCCUGAAAACAGGAUGUCAGUGAAGAGGAAGAAAAAGCUGAGCUUGAGGAGGUGUAACUACACAGAAGGAUGGGUGGAGUUCAGAGAUAAACGAGUGGCGAAGCAGGUGGCGCUGUCGCUCAACAACACACCGAUGGCAACCAGGAAGCGCCAGAGCUUCUCCUCCGAUCUCUGGAGCAUCAAGUACCUGCACAGGUUCCAGUGGACUCAGCUGAAUGAGCGUCUGGCCUACGAGCAGGCCGUCCUGCAGCAGAGACUGAGGACCGAAGUGUCUCAGGCCAAGAGGGAAACCAACUUCUACUUGAACAGUGUGGGCAAGAGCGCGCACAUGGACAGAAUGAGCAAGAAGAGACAGCGCGAGGGACAAGAGGUGGAGGAAAAAACGUGGGACUUCACGCAGCGUUGCACUGAGGAGGAGAUCCAGAUGAAAAAGAAGCUCAAGGAACAAAAAGGCGCCGUUUCCCGGAAGCGUCUGGAUAAGAUCCACCUCAUCCAGCAGAAGAGCCAAUCAAAUGUCUCCUUGCUGGCCAAGAUCUUCAAUUCCAAACAAUCAGAGUGACCAGCAGGGGGAGCUGUCUGAUCAGAUAGAUGUUGGACAGGAUGAGUUCUGUAGGACUGACAAAGGAACAUGUUUCCAUGGGGAUGUGUAAUAACAUGACUGGACAGCAGGAGUCGUCCAGACACAGACGCAUACAGACCAGCGUGUCAGUGGGCGGAGCUAAAGUAGGACGUGGUCCAUCUGCUCAGAGUUGUUCACGUCGAGAGUCUUUAUUUUUGUAACGACACUGAUGCUAAUGUUUUGGAAAGAUGCAGUUAGCGCAUUACAGCAAAAUGUCAUCAAAACCUAAAGCUUCCAGUUUAUGGGGAAAAAAAGUUUAGUUUCUUGAUUUCAGGCUGAUUUGACUUUGAACAUCUUCACCAUAUAUGGUGCCAAUGACUUUUUAGAUUAAUCCUAGCUCCGCCACUCACACUGAGACCCGCCCCCUAAAUGAAAUGACAUCAGCUGUGAUGAGUCCAAGAUUUUUGCUUCUUUUCAUGGUGGUUGUAUUAAAACAUUUAUUAUAUUACAAUAAAUACAGAUUUGAUGGUUUAAUUUCACCAGUUGCUGUGAGAAACUUUUUUUGACAAUCUCGAAAGCAGCUCAUAAAUAAAUCUUUCUGCAUCUUUAAUAUCCUUAUUUUUGACUUUUAAAAAUAUUAAAUUUUUGCGUAAUAUGAUAAAAAAUGUUGCUGUUUUGCUUUUUGCUGUUACUCUUGGAUGAAAGUCUAAAUGACAGUAGUGCUGAGUUUUUAUUAACAGUAAAUACAUAAAAUAUUAUACAUUUUGACAGUUUUGUGUCCCGUAAUGAAGGUCAUAUAGAA